CUGAAGUGGCGCUCGGACUUCGACAAGUUCGUCGUCGUCUCGAACUUCGAGAAGCGCGGGUGGGAGCGCUGGCGCGACCCCGGCCCGGACGCCGCGGACGCCGGCGCGGCGGACGCGCAUCAGACCUCAUCAUCGUGGAACGUCUACUGGGCGAACGUGCACGCGGCGAAGCAUCUCUUCCACCCCUCCGCGGAGUCGCGCCUGGGCGAUCAUCAGGUCGUGAACCACUUCCCGAACCACUACGAGCUCACGCGCAAGGACCUCAUGGUGAAGAACGUGAAGCGAUACCGAAAAGAGCUCGAGAAGGAGGCGGCGCUCGCCGCGGCGUUGCGAGGAAACGGACUCGGCGGCGUCGCGGUCCCGACGCCGACGGACCACCUCGACUUCGUCCCGCUCACGUUCUCGCUUCCCGCGGACUACUCGCUGUUCGCGGAGGAGUUCAGACGCGGCGGCGGCGACAACGCGCGCGCGACAAACGCGACGACGUGGAUCAUGAAGCCGACGGGGAAGGCGCAGGGGAAGGGCAUCUUCCUCGUGAACAAGCUCGCGCAGGUGAAGCGAUGGGCCAACACCGGCGGUGCGCUCGCGGCAAAUAAUUCAGCGGCGCACUCGACGUCGAAUAAACAUCAAAGCGAUCGGGAUAAGACCGAACCGCCCGCGCAGGAGGCGUACAUAGUGUCUCGAUACGUCCACAACCCGCUGCUGAUCGGCGGGAAGAAGUUCGACCUCAGGCUGUACGUGACCGUGACGUCGUACCGACCGCUGCGCGCGUUCAUCUCGAAACUCGGGUUCGCGAGGUUUUGCAACGUGAAAUACAGCGGCGACGUCGCGGACAUCGACAACCCGUUCGUGCACCUCACGAACGUCGCGAUACAGAAGAGGGGCGAGGAGUACAACGAGUCGCACGGGAACAAGUGGCCGCUGCGCGAUCUCCGUCUGCACUUGGAGUCCACGCGAGGAAAGACCGCGACGGACGCGUUAUUCGCCGCGAUGCGCGACUGCGUGACGCACUCGCUGCGCGCGGUGAGCAACGUCAUGGUCAACGACCGGCACUGCUUCGAGCUGUACGGGUACGACCUUCUCGUCGACGAGUCCUUGAAGCCGUGGUUGAUCGAGGUAAACGCGUCGCCGUCGCUCAGCGCGACGACGGAGGCGGACAGGAGGUUGAAGUGCAGGGUGAUACGAGACGCGUUGCUGGUGGCGGUGCCGCCCGGGAAGUUG